CAAUUCACAUAUCACGUGCAUUUCAUCUUUAACCCUAUUUCAAAUCGAACUUUUGAGUGGCUGCUGUAUUUUGUAGUUUAUAGCUUUAUGUUGAUUAUUAGGAAUAAAUGAAAGUGAACCGGCAAAUUAAACAUUGAUUUCACUAUUCAAAUUUCGUGAGGAGACAUUAGUCCGAAUUCUCUAUCAAUAAUACGUAAAAUAAAAUUGAAUUUUUCGUAUUUAACCUCAAUAACUCCAAUAUGUAAAAGUGAAAAGUGAGAAACAAUAAUUCGCUAUUUUUUAAAGAAAGUCGAAGUCAUCGUUUAGAAAAAUAUCGAUUAGCACAAUAUAAUGAAAAAAGCAACAAACGUGGCUUCAAUUUGUUUAUAAAAACGUAUCGCUGAAACUGUGAUUUACAAGCAGUGUUCUUGCGUAAGAUUAUUGAAAUAAAAAAAUGCAGAAAGCGUGUAUAAUUUCGAUAUCCAUUUAUUCAUUAUUGGUUCAACGUCUUCUGUUUUGCCAAUAGAAAUGUUAUACCAGUGACAGUGUAAUUCUUUGUGUUUUUUUUUACAUUUAGAACAAUAUUCUGGAAUUGCUAUCAAGCGUAUCAAACCAUCGCACAAACACAUCUCAAUGAUAUAUUUUUUUUUAACAAUCCUUAUCAUAUGCCACAUAAAAUAUAAUUGUUCUGUACUCCACAAGUGAAUGCAGCAAGUAAAAUGGAAUUCGAACUCAUAAUGAUUCUAAUCCAUUAAAAUAUUUCAUAAUUAGUGAUCUCACUGCAGAACCCGUUGAAACACUUGAAAAAUAUUAGCAACUUUUGGAUCAUUUCUCCAAAUUUACUGUAGUCCAGGUUUUUUCUUCCUCAAAUAGAAAUUCUUGCUUUUUAUGAAAGAUUUCAAGAAAGUAUGACGAAACGAGCUAGCCUUUUCUCCUUCAUUAAGCUCAAGCCACAUAAAUUUACACAUAAAUAUUUUUUUUGCAUCCAUUAGUAAUACGGAUGGAGUUAUCACUACCAUAAGUUUUUUCAAUUUGAAUUGAAUUUAUGAAAAUUUAUUUUUAGAUAAUCAAUUUGUUCCAAAUCGGACCCACAUUGGAAGAUAUAAAAAGACAUCACUGGCUCUGGAUCUUACAAUGGACUGGUUGAAUUUUGAACCACUUACCAAUAUCACUUGCAUAGAAUGGAAUCAUAAACAUGUCAGAUACAAAGAUUGAACAACGAACAUAAAAAUCCACCAGAAAUAGCGGUGGCGAAACGCCAUAUAAACAGUGGCCGAAGAUGUAAACAAUAGGGGUCAGAAGCCUCCCGCGUUUUUUGGCACGUACAAUGUAUAAAUUUGCGACUGAGUGGAAAUGCAGAUGAGGUACGUGUGUUCUGUAAACGUGGGAAAAAAGAAAAAAUAUUUGUUUUCUCAAAUUGAGACGGACGAACAUCUCGAUUGUGGCAACAGUUCCAAAGGGUGGCCAAGGUGUUUCGACAUCUGACAUCACUGUUCAAGAUGGGGCGACCAUGCAGUGUUACGGACGACGAAAUUCUUUUGUUAAUUCAGAAGUACAUCGAGUUCUUCAGAACUAACGAUUUUCCGGUGAGUUCUGCACAGGCUGGCAUGAAAUGAGCAAAGAACUCGAAGGUAAAUGGAAACCUCACACCGUUUAUACCCACGUGAGAGAAAAUAAAAAAGAUCAUCUACAAACAGCUCGGAAGAAGUUGGGUAUAGAUAUUCUGUUCCAAAAGCCAACGGUUAAUAUCAUCGAUGAUGACAACAUAGAAAACAUAUCUAACGUUUCUGAAUCAGACGUUUCUGACUGCGAGGUUUACUCGGACGACGAUACUGAAGGAAAAGGCGUGCUAUUCAGUCUAGUUCUGUCUCCAUUAGAAUGGGACGCGAUAAAAUCCGAUCAUGACUCCAAAUUUCCAAAAAGAUUGAAACGACGAGUUUGGGCCAACAUGAUUUCAAAAGCAUUCUGGAACAUGUACAAGUUUUCAUGCGCGUUCCUCGGUAAAUGGUCAAACCUAAGAGUGGGGUGUGACAACAAAAAUGACAGUGAGAAUGAAAAAUCGUUUUGCGGAUAUUAUCUGAAAUUCAAAUGCUACUGUAAAUGUGGCAACAAAAUGAUUGGGAUCGCCGAUGAAAAACCCACAGAUGGAAAACUGAAAUUGACUAUCAACGUGAAUCAAGAUACUCGGGACAGCUAUCCCGAGGAAUACAAGCGACCAUUAAACGGCCCGGAAAGAGAGAUAAUUGGAAAAAAAUUGGAAAGAAGAAUACCCGUCAGAUUUCGACAAGAAUUGCUGGCAGACAACUUGGGAUUUGGUGAAAACGAACCUCCUUGGAUUCAGAAACCACAUAUUUAUCGACAAGCCAAGACAGAAGCGACAAAUAAAAAGCUUGGGAUUCAAUCCGGGACGAAAAACGAGACGAUCGACAACAUUCGUCAGCUGUUAUCAAAUCCUCGAUACGGAAAUGUCAUUCGGGAGAUUGGAGCUAAACGAUUCUACGUGUUCUAUUGUACUCAAGAACAAACCUUCGUUGAAAAAGAAUACUGCCGGCUCAACAAGACGUCGUCUAGAAUCUGUUUAGAUGCAACCGGUAGUGUUGUUAAAAAAUUUGAAAUUUACCCGGGGCAUAAAACUGGCCAUAUUUUUUUGUACACUGUCACAAUCAAUUUCGAAGGAAAAACUUUGCCCGUGUACCAAAUGUUAUCGGAAAAACACAGCGCAGCCUUUAUUACUUAUUGGCUUAAAGAAUGGAUUCAAGGUUCUUUAGUGACUGUACCGAAUGAAGCUGUUGCUGAUUUAGGAUGAGCGCUGUUAAUCGCAAUGUGCGAUGCUUUCAACCGGAUGACUCUCAAAGAGUACGUCGACGUUCUCUUCUUAUGGGCCACGAGAGACGGUCAUAAACUACCACGCCCGUUCAAUACUUUCAUUAGAGCGGAUGUAGCUCACCAAAUGGCUGCGGCGUUGAGAUGGUCGUGUAUAACAACGAUAUGACACUCCGCCAUUAAAGGUUUUUACCUUCGAGCAAUCGCCUUAUUGAUUGAUGCACAGACCGUAAAUGAGUUUGAACACGUAUUUCGAUUUACAUGCAUUGUCACGCUCCAUGAGGACGAAAGUAAAAUCGUUGUAUGGCCAGGAAACCAAAUUUCAGUUGUCGAAGCUAGAAAUCUUCUGGAAAAUGAAAUGGCUGAAUGCAAAGGUAUGAUUAACAACCUAGAAGCUUCGAUAAAAAACGUCGAAAUUGAAGAGGAGGUCGCAAAAACGUUCAAUGCUGAUAAGGAGGAAUGUGCACAAAAUUUGACGGUCACGCAUCUAUGGAUUAAAAAGUUAAUUUCACAGUCAAUGGUUGAAGAUACGCAAAGUUCGAGUUGUACAGCUGUCAAUGGAUUUUAUUUGCCGGAGCUUGUCCUACACCUCGAAAGAAUCGGCAAAGAAUUUCCGAUAUCGACGGCGGCUUGUCUCCCUGAGAAACAAAAACACGCAUCGACAGCAGUUCAGGAGAGAUAUUUUUCCGAAUUGAAAAGAAAAACGUUCGAAGGAAUUCCUCUGCCAUGUGUUGCUCAUCGUUUUUUAAAGGAACAUAUCGAUGAUUUGCAAUGCGGUACCAAUGAGAUGGCAUCGAAAUUAAAACAUUUCAACCACAAACACCGAAAGCCUAUUUCGUGUUCUAAUACAAGACAAGAAAAAUACGAACCAAUGUCAAAAUGUUCUUCGCCACGAACAGACGAUACGUCGAUCUCAAUCUCGGCAAAAAAUGCUGUAUUUUCUUCGAACGAAGAAAGGGAACCCAUAUCGCAAACAACGUCAACGCCAGACGGGACAGCAAACAUUGACUUCGGUUCGGUGAGUUUGCUGUACAAAAAAGCUCCAAUGAUGGAUGACUCCGAUUUAAGAAAAAAUGAAACUUGGAUGGGUCUUUGCAAUGAGGAGACUGUCAUAGAUGUAGACGAACUAGAUCCUAAUAAUGAAGAGCAUCAAACGAAUUCCGCAGAGGCAUCGCAUGAGCAACUCGACCUUAAUCGUGACAAUAAAUCUGUUUUCGAACCGAUAGAUUCUAUUAGCGAUCUAAAUAAUAAUUCGUUCCUUGAAGCAACACUACUCGAUCAUUCUUAUUCGUUAUUAAUGAACCCAGAAACGGAAAGAAACGCUACUGAUUCCGUAAAUGAAACGACGGCUGAUGAAAAUUACCACCAAAUUCCAGAUCCAAAGUGUGAUGAGAGAAAGCCGAAAAGAGUGGGUGUAUACUUCCAAGCCUGUCCCCAAAUCAAAGUUGUCAACAGUAGGUUUCAAGAUGGAGGAAAAAAAGGGUUCCUGUUGAAGAAUGGCUCCAAGUCUGGAGUUAUUAAAAUAGGUAAAAUGGCUGUGGAUCUUCAAGAAACAUGUGGAUUUUAUGCAAUAAUGAAUUUAUUGCAAUUUGGCGCUAUUAAUGAUCCUAAUUACUAUUCUUUCGUCAAAUCGUCGGGUAAUAAAGCAUUGUAGUUCUUGUCAAAAUUUAUUGAGAUCGGAACUGUGACAGGAAAUCAGUCGAGAAAUGCUCUUCCUCGACGUCAACACAGGCACCAAUUCCUCGGGCGCGAAAAUAAGAGACAGCGCGUAUAUAAAUUUUAGUACUAAACGGGAAGGGAUAAUCCCUCUCCGUUGCGGCCUGAUUACCCGGAGGACCGAUACGAAAGGACACUUUUGCCCCGGAUCUCGACUCGAAUUGUUGUUUGUAAAGACCGAGGGUAGGGUCCGCGAGCGAGGAAUUGUGCUCUUGAUAUAAGUAGUGAUUAUUGUCAGCAACUGUUGCGCCUUGUACAGUUAAUAUUGUGAAAAAAUAGUGCAUUCCGGAAUAAAGUGGGUUAACAGGAAACACA